GGUUAGAUCUUCGAACGCUGUAUCAUGAGAUACAACUUUGCUCCCUCGUCUGGAAGCGCAACAAGUACGUUAAAUAAUUUAAAUAAUUCGAAUACUUUGUUAUCGUUUCUGUAGAAAUUAAUAGAUUUAUCGGACAAUUCAAUUAAAUUAUUUUCUUUAACAUUUUGCGAGUUUAUUGAAAUACACAAGUAUAUAAGUGCUUAUAAAAUUUUAUUCACUGAUGAAAAUCUUCAAUUCGUAUUAAAAAAUUCGUACGAAAGGAUUCUUCAAAAUAGAUAGAAUCUUACAAAAAGAUGGACAGAAAUGAAUAAUGCUAUGCGUUUGAUAAAAUUAUAAGGAAGCAGAAGAAUAUCUAAGUGAGGCUUCUUGUCUGGAUGUUCUGAAAUUCCAUGUUAAGUCUUUCAUAAAUUAUGAAAAGGAAGGACUGCGAAUGCUGUUUAAUCUUUGACGACUCUAAGAUUUAUUGUGAAUUAUGGAAUUGAAGGAUUUAUUGGUCUUUUGAUCUUUGGGAGUUACAUGUGUUGCCUUAGAUAAACUAUGGUACUUAGAAACAGUGGUACAAAGAUCAUCUUAGUUCAAGUUCAGUCAUAAUCUGUGAAUCACAAACUGAGCUUAUCUAAUUAGUCACAAAUUUUGAUAAGUAAGAAUCUGAAGAUCUUCUGAUCUUCAAGACUUAAGAUCACAACAGUGAAUUAUGUGAAGGAAGGAUUUUGAGACUUCUAUCUAAUUUUUGAAAAUCAAAGAAGUCCAACCAUGCCACAUCCAUGCGUGGUGUGCGGUCGUUCUCGGAUGAAUCCCAACAACCGUGAGGAGGAGUAUAUGUUCUUCAGUUUCCCGGUUAACGACGAAGCGCGCUGUCGCCAGUGGCUCGAGUUUUGCGGCCGCGAGGAUCUUUACAAACUGUCAAAGAGACAAUUGCUUCAACGCAUGGUCUGCUCCAAGCAUUUCGAACAGAAUGACUUUCUCACCGAGUAUCUCGACCGUCUCCAUUCUACGGCGGUACCGACAAUCUACGACCCUCUACAAAGUCUUUACAAUAUAACCUGUAUUAUCUGUAAGAGCAGCCGGCGAGAUCCGCCGGCACCUGAUUACGACGGCACCACGUUUCACCAUUUUCCCGGCGAGGAGUUCCGGUGCCUUAAAUGGCUGGAUUUUGUCGGGGUAGAGUCUUAUUACAGACUGACCAGGAAGGAAAUCCUCUUCUGCUACAUUUGCUCCAAGCAUUUCGAUCGUUCUCAGUUCGUGCCAGGAUAUAAAGGAAGGCUGACAGAAAAUGCGGUACCGACUAUCCGUUAUCCUAAACCACAAGAUAUGUCGAAUCUGACUAACACGGAUUUAACGGCAGAAACUAAAUUGAAACUCUUCGCGGUCCCAGAGAAAAAGAAGAAGAAUAUCUUGCCUGUUGAAGUACUGGAGAGCCAAGCUUGUGCGGCUUGCGGUCGUUCAAGAUCAGAUCCACGUAACAAACUCGAGCGCUAUAAAUUUCAUCCGUUCCCUGCAUACGAGAUCGGCCGGUGCCUGCGCUGGUGUCAGUUCUUAGGCCGCGAGGAUCUGCUCAGUAUGUCGCCCAACCAGAUACGCAAACUCGUGCUGUGUUCCCGUCACUUUCAAACUGGUCAGAACUUUCAUAAGAGCCCGUGCGACGCAAUACCAACCAUCAAAGAUGUCUCCAAGUCUUUGAUGUCCACAGUCUCUGUAAAUGUUGAAAAAGAAUACAUCAGCGAGGACUCCAACGAGGGGACGAAACGUUUCUCUAGGCCGCUGGUGUCCAGCAAAAAACCCAAGAUAGAGAACAAACCUACUCCGUUAGCUAAGAAACGCGGGAAAUCCCGGCGACCGACUUCGAUCAACAUUCCCAAGCCUGAUGGCAACAUGAAGAAUCGAAUCAAGAAAUUGCCGUUACCGUCCUCGGCGAACUGGAAAAUCCAAUUGGGCGAACAGUUGCAACCGAUGGCAGUGAACAAUAUUGUAUCCAAUGUGACAACGACAAAUUUACAGCUGAAUGAAUCCAAGAAAGUCAUUAUGCCGAUUACUUGGGAUAUCUCGAACUUGGGCGCACCGAUACCGGUGCACAGUUUAUCCAGCAUGCCACCGGGGCUGUUAAUAAAGAUCAAUUUACCGGAGCAGAAACAACAGAAAGAACAGAAGACGACUAGGAAGAGGAGGGUGACGAAUAAGAGAGCUUCCAAAAAACCGACCUCGCCGAAAAAAAAUGGUCAGACGGCUGUCGUGUCGCAGAAGAUCAAACCGAGCAUGAAUAAAAAUAUGAAGUCUUUAUCGAUGUCUUCAGAAGCAACGGAAGAGAUUUUAAAUUCCGAAAACUCGCAGGUACAGGAAGAUGUGGCUCCUCAGCAUCAGCAUCAGAAAAUGAAGGAACAAUAUUUCGAAGAAUCAACAGCUACUGAUCAGAAGAAAAGGAAAAUAAAACGAAAGAGGAUUACAGGUACCAUGAAGAGGACUACAUUUCCUAUCACGUGUGAGGUUAGUCGCUUUCUGAAGAAGCUGACACCACUGAUGCAUCGAUUCCCAAAGAAGGCUAGAGCACAUAUGAAGCUUUCAAUUGUUAACAUGGUAAUCGAUCACCUCUGAAGAUGCAAAGGAUAUUACUUUGAACGUUGAAUAUUCAACUUAAAAAAAUCCUUGAAGUUUGUAGUUAUAUAUAUAUAUAUCAGAUGAUGCAAGGAAUCGUAAAAAGAUUUGAAUAAAAAUGUGACGUUAUAUUGUUAUAAACAUACAUACAUACAUACAUAUAUACAUACGUGUAUAUAUAUAUGCAUACAUAUACAUAUAUAUAUAUAUAUAUACACAUACAUAUAUAUUUAUA